AUGGACCAACCCCAAAUCUCCAACGAACUUAUCCAGGGUCUCUCUGCCAAAGACAAACAAGACCUCAACCAAUUCAUCCAAGGCGAGAGUCAGAAGGCGCAAAUCCAGCAGACCGUUCAUGGCUUGACAGAUACAUGCUUCAAGAAGUGCGUGACUUCGAAAAUAGCGCAGGGGACGCUGGAUCGAUACGAGGAGCCUUGUAUGCGCAACUGCGUGGAUCGGUUUAUGGAUGCGAACAGGCUUGUUAUCGAGAACUUGGAGAGGAUGAGACAAUAG